GUGGUGUUCGGUAAGCGGUCCAACAUGGGAGCACGGGUUGGUCGUAUGUUCCGAAAUUUCAACAUAGAGAACCGGGCGUACCGAGAACUCGCCAAGGAGAAGCCGAGAGUGGCGCCCCGGCACCCGGUCAACCUGCCGACGGAGGUAGAGGACGUCGUGAACCAGAAGAGCGACCCGCUGCUGGAACGGCUCCAGUCCGUGUACGUGGAGUCCAAAGACCCGGCAGUCGCUGCAGUAGAGGAUACGAAGGCUGUGACAACAGCUGUAAAAGCGUACCGGCGCCCCGUCAAGAUCGAUUAUCCAGGAAAGGUGUUCGGCCUGGUGAAGGUCACAGACGUUCCUAAAGGCAAACUGACCAUCGCUGAGGCCGUGAAUGCCCUGGGCAACCACAAGUACGAUCCUCAGACGUGGACGCCUGAAAAUGUCGCACAGGAGUAUUCUCUAGACCUUAAAGAAACAAAAGCUCUUCUGGAGUUCUUCAUCCCUUUCAAGUUUAAGGUCAUUACUCCCAAGUCUAGAACUGACAAGCAGAUAGAGGCUUCUUAGGACUUGAGUCUUUGAUGAAUAGCUGUUAAAUGAGCAAAUAUUUAUUUAUGUGCUUCAGUGUAUUACAUUGGGGUAGUGACCGGAUUGAAACUGAAAAGCUUGGACACAAUAUGAGGUUUAUCGGUGGCUGAAGGUUGAUCUAUGGACACAAACUAAGAAAACUGAGAAGAACAGCGGCAGAAAUGUAAUCUUGAAAAUACAGCAUUGUUUCUUUUGGUGACUCCUCAGAUGAAACUAGAAUGCAAAAGUAUUCAUACUCAGAUUUUCACAAGAUUAUUGUGAUCUUAAAAUGAGAUCAGAUGUCCAAAGAUAUGAUGAGAAACUUCAACACAUUUAGAAAAAAUGUACUCAUUAGAUUUCCUAAGAGAGUGAAAUGUUCAGAUCGUUAUCAGCCUCAUGUCUGCGCGUUUAUUCCACAAUUUGGAGUCAGGAUGUAGUUAGCCUAGCUUAGCAUAAAGACCAGAAGCAGAUUUGGGAUUGGUUCCAUAGGUGCAGAAGAACCACAAGUUUAAUGAUCAUCUAACUUUCUAAACCGCCUUCACACAAACAAGAGAUUCAUAUUGACGUCUUCAUUUCACUCUGGGAAAGAAAGCAAACAGUUAAUUUCCAACACACUGAAGUGUUCCUUCAUGGUGUCAAGACUCUUCUUGUGAGUGUGUCAGUCCAGUGAAAACAGUGUUUUGUAUAAUACACAUCCAUUCAUUUCUGCAUGUGUUACUCAUGAGGUUGAAUAACAUUUAUCAGAUGGGAGAAAUAUUCCAGGAAGGUGUUUCCAUCCAUGUGGUCCAGCAGCGAUGUCCUGCUUGUAGAAAUUACUGUAGCUCCACUCAGGGUUAUUUAAACAGAGUUCUAAUAUGUUUUUUGUGUGUUUUAGUAAAUAAGUUCUGCAGAAAACGAAGGCUUGACUACAUCCCUCUUGUGGGUUCCAGUAAUCUACAGGUGUUUAGCUGUUGCCAAAGCUGGCAAAUAGUGUGCCAAACCUGCUCCCCCUCUAAGAAAAGCUGCAGUUUUCCCUAUUUACAGUUUACAACAGAAAUUGUUGUAAAAAAAAUAAAUAAAUACGGGACUGAUGUAAAUCUGAGCAGGAAUGUCUGAUACUACUCACGUGACAUCAAAAUAUCUCCUGGGAAAGAUUUCACAUUAAAAUUAUGUCUAAAUAAAACAGAUGAGACAUUAAUUAUGAAUGGGAAACACAAACCUUAUUAUCGGCAUAAAUUUUAAAACCUGGCAAAGCUACAAAUAUCUCACACCGAGCCUUCAGUCUGCAAAUUAAUCACACGAGGACGUCAACAAAGCAGAAAUACAGAAACCUCAGCUCAUUGCUUUGAAUUUACAUAUUGGUGGCAGCAUUAUGGAGAUGUGCUGUUUUAAUGCUGUUAUUGUGGAAGUUAAGUGAACCUUAUGAGGAAAAAGCAUGACAUGUAUUUAUAAAUGAUCCUGUGAUACCAGUUCGCUGCAUAUACGCACACUUUUUAAAAAUACAGUUAUUUUGUCUUCAGUCUUGUGUUCCAUUUGUGUCAUUCAGAUGUCCAUGCUUUGUCAAAUAUAAAAAUCAUAAAAUGUUAUCAGUGUUUUCAAACAGCUGUUCAAACCUUUACAGACACACAGUAAACAAUCUUGUGAAAACACUGCUCACUUUUGCACUAACAGCCUCCAUUUGUCAUCUUUACCACCCACAGCACGCAGAAACACGUGCCCAAAAAAAGCACUUCCUCCAAACCAAGUCACGCCCCUUUUCUCAGAUUUUGUCGUUUCUAUUGGACGACGCUGGGAGAAGGGGCGAGGCCUCUUGAAAGUGCACUUUCGCCCCUCCACUGGCUUUUGAUGGUGUCAGUUAUCACUGAACACAAAACUGCGUCAAGUUACACACAGACACGGAGAGGAAGCUGCUGCAAAUUGAGUUGUUGUGCCUUCAGAAUAAUGUAGAUGGGUCCGAUAAGUAAGAAAACCGCACACACUCCAUUUAGCCAGGGCAUAGAAAAGUAUUUUAAAAAUCUUUAAUUUCCCUGAAAGUGUGCUUAAUUUUAAGUUUUAUAUAAACAUCUACUUGCUUCUGCAGAACAAUGUCUUGUGAACCAGGUUGUGUAUAUGAUACAGAAUCAUCUGCACCUCCCUGAGCACAGGUUUUUAUAUAAAGCCUGAAGGUGGUGAUGUUCUCUUUUGUUCAUGUUUAAUAAAUAUACAUAUAUAGAAUCCUUUGUUGAAACAA